CGACAAUCAACCAGUUCAAUGCCAAGGAAGAGAGAAUUACUCGGAUUUGAUUCUUCAGACUCAGAUACCGGAGACAGUGAGCCCGAGUUGAAGAGGUCUCGCAAGACCAAAGUGGUGUUUAAACCCUUAACACUUGGAGAGGAAGAGAGCACCACUGGCGAUGAACUUGACAAGUGCCAUCGACAGGUGGACUACCUAACAAUGUCCAUUGAAGAUGAUGAAUCUAAGAAGCCAGAUAAGCCCAGAGAGAAUACUACCAUGUCUCAUGUCGAGAGAACCCUUGAGAAUCUCAGGAGACCGUUGUUUGGUCAAAUAGUCGAUGAUCAGGGAGAGCACCAGGUUAUAAGGCCCAUUGCUACUAAGUCAAGGGGGUUAUCUAUCAUGGAGAAGAUGGGGUUCAAAGUAGGCGAUGCCUUAGGGAAAGACCCUCAGGAUGAUACUGCUUUAAGAGAGCCUAUUGCUGUAUCUUCAAAGACUGACAGGGAAGGUAUACGUGAUGGAUUGAGGAAGGGAGACGUUGAUAAAGCGUUGUCUCCAGGCAUCACGCUGGAAGACGAGAAGAGUUUUCAAAAGAGGCUUCAGCAUGACCGGGAUCAACAGCACAAGCACAGACUCGUCGAGAAGCUGCAAAGACUGUGCUACGAGUUGGUUGACGGUGAGACUGAUAUCUACAAGGCCAAAGCGCGUGACCUCAACGUUAUGUGGAGAGGUUACGUGGUGGAUGUCCAGCGCAGGAAGAAGACCAAGGACACCAUUGACACUGAAGAACACCAUGGAGAAGCUGGUGAGUACGACGAGGAUGACACCGCCCAGAUUGAUACAGAGUUACAGCUCUUUGACGAGGAACCCCUGGAUACGAAGCUCAGCAAGUUGAGCCGCCACCUGAGAGCCAACUUCAACUACUGUUUUUGGUGUGGCGUACAAUACGACAGUCCAGAGGACUUGUUCGCAAACUGUCCCGGCGAAUGUGAGUCAGAUCACGUCUAGAGGCAUCUGAAUAUAACAAUUCCAUGAUUUGUAGUUACAGCUC